UGUUGGGGGAGAAAGUGCACAUCGGUCCUGGCCAGGUGGACCACGAUCUGGGGCGUGGGGCCAGAUCUGGAGAACCUCGGGUACAUCCAGGUUCCAGCUUAAUGGUUGUGUCUACUCCAGUUACUUACUUCCUGAAGUACAGAAUUAGGAUAAUAGCAUCUAAUCCUUGGAGUUGUUGAGAAGAUUCACCAAGAGCGGAGGCCGGGCACCCAGCUUCGGGCGAGCGCUCGCUAGGGUCGGUUCUUUUCCCGGAAUGGGUGGGGCGGAGAACAGAGAACUCCUCCAGGGGGCUCCUAAGACUCGCGUCAUUCGCCACACGGGCUGGCUUAUAAAAAACUCCACCGGGGCCCCAGAUCAUUUUUAGUUUCAAUUCUUUCGGAAGAAGCCUCGCUGUGCCCAGCUGGGGAACGUCACCCUGGCGGAGCCAAGAACCCAGCGAAGGGGUCCGGCGGUUGCGGAAGUCGCCGGCAGACCCGCACGCGCCGUUCGCUUUCUUUCCCUUCGGCUGCCGUCGCGGUUCACUUUCAGUCCGGCAAGGGGAUCGGGUCGGCGAGUUCCGGCCUCCCGACCCAGGGCCGAGCGGGAAAACGAAACCGCUGGGCUCAGCUAACGGCGGCGAGGAGCGCGCGCUCGCUGGUCCCGGGCGCGCCCAGCGCAGCACCGCCCGCUCCCGCCCCCGCCCCCGGGGCUCCUAUAAGUUUCGAUUCUCCCCGGAGCAGCGUCCCGCGCCGCGGCCGGCCAGCGCAGCGCGCCAUGGCGGACCCGGAGGUGUGCUGCUUCAUCACCAAAAUCCUGUGCGCCCACGGGGGCCGCAUGGCCCUGGACGCGCUGCUCGAAAAGAUCGCGCUCACCGAGGCGCAGCUCCGCGAAGUGCUGGAGGCGGCUGGGCCCGACCGAUUCGUGUUGCUGGAGACCGGCGACAGGGCCAGGGUCACCGGCUUCGUGGUGGCCACGACCCGAGCCCGGGUCUGCCGUCGCAAGUACUGCCAGAGACCGUGCGAAGACCUGCACCUCUGCAAACUCAACCUGCUGGGCCGAUGCCGCUAUUCGCAGUCGGAGAGGAAUCUGUGCAAAUAUUCUCACGAGGUUCUCUCGGAAGAGAACUUCAAGGUCCUGAAAAAUCAUGAGCUCUCUGGACUGAACAAAGAGGAAUUAGCAGUGCUCCUCCUCCAAAGUGACCCCUUUUUUAUGCCGGAGAUAUGCAAAAAUUAUAAGGGAGAGGGUCGAAAAGUUAUUUGUGACCAGCAUCCAUCAUGCGAAAGACUCCACAUCUGCGAGCACUUUACUCGAGGGAUUUGCGGUUAUGCCAACUGCCUCAGGUCCCAUAACCUGAUGGAUAGGAGGGUGUUGGCCAUCAUGAGGGAGCACGGGCUGAGCCCCAGCGUGGUUCAGAACAUCCAGGAUAUCUGCAACAGCAAGCAUGGCCGAAAGAAACACCCCAGGGGCAAAGCUCCUUGCUCCCAUCGUAGAGAUGUGGCGUACAGAGGGAGAAGCAAGAGCAGAGAACGAUCGUUUCAGGGCGGUCCAGAAUUUCUCCCACCUGCUUCCGCUUCUACUCAGAAGUCCAGCACCCCCAGUUCAGAUCAAAUCGGCCACAGGCCUCCCCUGGAUGACAUGCCCGUAGGGGAGCUGGCCCACAAGUUCAUGCAUUUGGGAAGUCAAGAUUGCCCUCAGCCUUCCCCGGUCUCGCCUAAGGUUGAUAAUCUUGGAGGAACAGGUCACAUGGAAAGAAGCCAGCGGUUUUCAGAGAAUGGCGGUCCAGAGGAUCUCUUUUUCGGGAAUCAAGGCAGCACUUCCCUCCCUUCUGACCCAAUGCCAGCUUCCAACCGGAGGGGCCCUGCGUCCUGGCUGAAUGACAAAGGCACCGGGAGAGGGAGUUUGUUUGCCCAGAGUCAGGCUGCCUCUGGCUCCCCUCUGGGUUCUCCACAGACACCUGAAACCACAACCACCAGAAAGAGCGCGGGGAUGCUUUCCACAGAUGGCACGAAUGCCGAGGGCAGAAGCGGGAAUCAAAAUGUCCAGUAUUUCUCGCUUUUCGAUAAUAAUGUGGAUGGAGCGGCCACAGAUGGAGCUUCCACAAGUUGUCUAAAUUACAAAACCACAACCAGCGGACAGAGAGAAAAAUCGUUACCUAGGAAUCAGGACACCGGAACUACUCACGGUGGUCUCCAGACCACUGGCAAGAUUACAGAUGGCGCUGAUCCAGCAGCGGCCUCUGUGAACAGUAACCACAGUGAGAAGACAGUUUGGCCUGGUAAAUCCAUCCACAGCACACCAAAUGGCUCUAGUCAAGUGGCGGACGAAACCACUGAUGUAAAUAAAACCGGUGCCGCUGGUUUUGGCUUCACAUUGACCUGCAGAGGGGAUAAAAACGUGUUGUACUUUGGAAGUCCGGGUCUGGGAGCCCAAGUCCUGCCAACUCCUCAGGAGACCCCUGCCCCCACACAAGUCAGCACUCUGCCCAAGGUGCCACCUUCUACGUCCUUCUCAAGCAACAGAGCUACAGCCUAUGCAACCCAUGGUCCGAACUCUGCCCAGAUCUCUGCUGGCCCUGCCGGUGACCUUGUAGGUCCAAGCUGUGAUCUGUAUUCUGCAUCUGACGUUGAGAAUACCAGCUCUUCCAGGAUGGAUGACUGUGGCCCACAGGAAAUUUGUCUUGACCAUCUGUGUAAAGGUUGUCACCUUGCAAGCUGCAACAAAGUUCACUUCCACCUGCCUUACCGGUGGCAGAUAUUACUUGCAAAUACCUGGAUGGACCUCCAGCCCAUGGAGAACAUUGAGAAGGCCUAUUGUGACCCCCAGAUCCACAGCUUUUCUAUCGGAAAUAAAAACAUCAACUUCCAGAUGAUGGUUUGUAAUUGUAAUCCUAUCCGGCGUAUCUCCACACCUUCAUCUGUCACAGUGCUGACCAAUUUUGUCUUUGCCACAAAAUGGAUUUGGUACUGGAGGAACAAAUCCGACAGAUGGGUUCAAUAUGGGGAGAAGGUCGACAAACAGCAAGCUGCAAACGUCGACUCUUCGUACCUGGAGUCUUUCUUUCUGUGCUCUCCGAGGGGAAUUGUGCCAUUUCAGGCGGGUUCACAGAGCUACGAGCUGAGUUUUAUGGGGAUGAUUCAAACAAACGUAGCUUCCAAGACCCAAAAGAAUGUUGUCAGAAGGCCAAAAUUCAUGUCUUACGAGGAUGUGGAACAGAUUAAAAGGGGGUUCAAGCAUCAGCCGGUGCAGACCCUGUCAGAGCCGUUAACCUCGACAUUGUUCCCUCAGCAGGAGUUCGGCUUGAAUGGUUAUGAGCUGUUAGAGAUCAAUCAGCAGACUCUGGAAUAUGACACAAUAAGCGAGCGUUUUAAAGCUUCCAUGAAAAAUUUCAAGAUUGAAAACAUAAAGAAGAUCAAGAAUACAAAGCUCUUGAAUGCUUUUGAAAGGAAGAAAAUGAAGAUGAACAACAAAAGGGAAAACAUCCUGUUUUGUGCCACAAGCCGCGCCCAUGUGGAGUCUAUCUGUGCGAAUAAUUUUGACUGGAUCUUACAUGGGACUGAUGAAAACAAAUAUGGAAGAGAUGUCUUCCAAAGAUUCUUCUCUCUGAGGCCGAGAACGUGUCUGGCUAAAAUAAAAGGAAAUUACUUCAGAAAAGAUGCCAUCUAUUCCCAUAAAAAUUGCCGGUAUGAUACCAAAAACAUCGUGAUGUUUGUAGCUCGAGUCCUGGUUGGAGAUUUUACUCAAGGAGCUGUGGGAAGCAUAAGCCCUCCUCCACCACCAUAUGACAGCUAUGUGGAUGCAAGGUUGAAUCCCUCCGUGUUUGUCAUCUUCGAGAAAGAUCAGAUUUACCCAGAAUAUGUGAUUGAAUAUACUGAACUAGACAAAGCCUGCGUGAUUAGUUAGAAAUGAUGACUACAGCGUCAUAAAGGAGGCCAUAACCAUUCUGUUCACUACAGAGCCAGAUUACCCCAGAUAGUAAACUUGUACAUUUCCUCAUGUAGUUAUCAAAUUGCCUUAGAUCAGUGGUUCCCCAAUUUUGUUAACACAUUUGAAUCAUCUGGGAAGCCUUCUAGCAAUCCCAGUGUUCAGACUGCAUCCCAUUCCAACUAAAACACUGUUUCUGCUGUGAGAGCUGGGCAAUGGUACUUCUAACUCCCAAGGAUUCAAAUGCGUCCUCAAGUUUGGGAACCACUGUCUUAGAUGUAGCUGGGAACGACUGACUCCUAAAACUGCUGUCACUGCUGUAAGUUUCUCUCCCAGCUACUCUUCGUUUAUUGUACGCGAUGGUUUUGUUUUGGUUAAAUUGCAAGAAAAUUAACUGGGGCAAUUUGAGAGGAAUCUAAAAACGCCUUUUGAUGUAAGGACGUAAGACAGUACUGCCUUUGGAUGGAAGACUGGAAAGUUGGAGGGGGAGGCGUAUUUUUUGGAAAAUGCUGGGGAGGGGGGAAGAAAAGGUAACUUAAAUGGUAUUACAGCUGUAACUGCAGUAUUGUACCUUCGUAGUAAAUCUGAGUUGGGGCAUAUAUUUCUUUAUCCCUGCGUUUAUUUAGGGGACUCCAUCCAGGUUGACUCUCUGGAAUGCAAUAAAAGGAGCCACAAAGUAUGGCUCAGGGAGAAGCAACCAACUGGAGUUUACUGCCCAAUUUUGGGCUUUUUAUAUAUAUGAUUAUAGAGAAGGUUUUUCAGGUUGGACUUUCAUGAAGUAGUUGUAUUUUGGGGGGAUAUGAGUCACGGUAACCAGAUUCACACAAAUAUUACUGAUAAACCUGAGUGCUAUUUCUAGUCGUUCGGUGUAGCAGAUGAGACUCACCAAGGAAUUAGGAGCCGGGCCAUCCCUACUGGAGGGUGGGCCCCUUAAGGAGGCGAGAUGUGUUUCCUGGUGAGCGCGGAGUCAGAACAAAGAAAACGCCUCAAACAGGCCAUGCACCUGCAAGGGGCUUCUUUUUUCUACAUAUAACGGAUUGUUUGCAAGUGUAAGUACAGUUUUAAAGCAGUUGAGGGUCCUAGACCAAGAGUUCCUUCCUUAUAACGAAUCAGGUUUUUCCUUCCAGUUUUCCCUUUCAACAUUGUGUGACAUUCAUUCGCCAAAGUUUCCUGUUACAGUUCCUUCUAGCAGACAGGUUAUAAAAGUUAAUUAACAUUAGAGUUGAUUUCGUAUUAGUCAGAUUGUAGAUCAGUACAGACAUCUGCACAACCCCUUGGUUUCAAGGACUCCACCAGUAACAUGCAUAGAGAUUUUUUUAGGGCAGGGUUAUUUUCUGGGAGGCUUGCCACAAAUAAUUACUCUUAAUGCACCUUUGGUUUUUUUUCCUUGAAUGGUAGCUCCUGUUUGGAGUUUUUAUUUCCUGCUCUUGGUUCUCACAUUUUCAGAGAUGCAGUUUGUCCAAGUCUGAUUGCCCAGUAGACCUCUCUGUUUGGAUAUUUCACAGGCACCUCUAAGGCAAUGUGUCCUAGGUGGAAUUCUCUACCUGCCUCCCUCAAACGAACCAUUUUCUCCCUCAGUGUUCUAUAGUCAGAAGUCAUUCUUGACUUCUUCCUCUCCUUCUCCCAAGCUGUUCCCAAGUCCAGUUUUACUUCUGAAAUAUUUCUUUGUCCCCUUCUGAGAUACUGUUUACUUAGUAGUAACAAUGGCCAUAUUUAAAAAUUUUUUCCUUAAUCUUUAAAAACACAGAUCUGAUCAUGCUUUUGGAAUAAAGUUCACAAUCCUUAUUAUGGCCCCACAUGAUUAUGAUUUCUCCCUUCCCUGCCCUCUGAUAUUUAUUUUCUUCCACAUAAGCCACACUGGCUUCCCUUCUUCUUUGGUUCCCCUUUCCUCCUAGCUCAGUGGUUCUCAAUUGGGACUCCUGCCUUUUUCGUUUUUGGUUUUGUUUUUUUUUAAUGACAAAUACAUUGUAACAUCUGUUUCAUUAUCCUCAAAAUGCAAUUCAAUGGUCAUAUACUCUGCCUACACAUAAUUGCCGAAAUAAAUUUAAAAUUGGUUAACAUUAACAUAAAAGGGAAAUAAAAGGCACAUUACUUGGGCACAACUAUGUUAGAAGACCUAGUCAGAUGUUUAUGCCUAAUGUGUAAAUUUAAAAGAAGGUAGAAAAUCAAAACUGAUUUUAUACAAAGAAGUAUAAGAAAAUGAAAAUCAGGGAAAGGAGUGGACCUUAGAAUAAAAACUAGUGAUGCAUAACUUGUUUGCAUAUGAUAGUACUUAUAAGAGAAAUAUCGAAAUAGAAUGUUAAUUGAAAUAAACAUAUUAUGCAAGGAAAUCUACAGAUUGUCGAGAUGGAGAAAAUGAGGAAAUACAGUAUUUUUUGCAGACGAGCUGUAGGUUAUACAAGAAUGUCUAGCGAGACAUUCAAAAUUCGUAUAGGGUGCACAGUAGUAGUUUCUUACUGUGAGGAACUGUCCAGAAUAUUGUAAGAUGUUCCGCCUACUUGGCUCUCAUGUACUCAAAUGCCAAUAGCACCCUCUCUUCCCCUCCACUUAUGGUGGCAACUAUAAACCCUAGCAGAUCUUUUCACCCUUUUCAGAGCAAUAACAUUUUGUCACAUCUCCUUUGUUGGCCUGAGAGGAAUCGUAGGGAAUACAGUCUACUUACACACAUGGAUUUCUUUAAGAACCAAUUUAAUGCCCCAACUCUAUUAUAAUGGAGAAAUGGAAAGAAAUUUGUAAUGACAAUAAAAUGAGUUUCAAUAUGUAAAUGCUCAGGCAUGACUAUUCUAUACGACAUCAUGAAGUAGAUACUUACCCCUACUUACAAUGAAUGGGUUGGAGUUUCAGAGUUGUCCAGAGGCUACUUCCUAUAAAGAAGUACUGGGAAAUGAAAGAUUUAGAGGUAUGUGUGAGCGUAGGAUGAAAACAAGUGUUAGGGUAAGUCAUAACAGACCAUAUAUCUUAUCUGUAAGAAACAGAGCGAAAUUACCUUAACUGAAAUAAGGAUAACGGACUGCCUAAGAGGAAAAAAUGAAUGAUAUUCUCUCGGGCGAGCUGUAGGUCCUACAUAAAUGUCCAGUAGGACGUUAAAAAGUCGUAUAGGAUACCGAAUAAUUCUUCUUUGUGUGGGACUAACCCAUCUACUGCAGACAUGCGUUCUCCCUGGCUGCAUCCACUCAAUGCCAGGAAUAGUUCCCAAUAAUUAUGAAACCAACAACCUAUCAAUUUCUAAAAUCCCACCGUGAGAACCACUGAAUUAGUUCGUGUCUUAGUAUCCUCAGAUCGGUUUACUAUUCCCUCCAUAAGGAGUCUUCUACAUUAGAUGAGAUGCUUGCUUCCCAAACCCCCAGGUUUUAAAAGUCUUUGUGCCUUUCUUUGUUCAUUUUUAGCAUCUGUCCACCUUGCAGUUAUCUACUUUCUGCAUUAGAAUGUAAGCUCCUUGAGGGCCGAGUCAACCCGUCUUAUUUACUGUGCCAUACCUGAUACUUGCCUGAAUGCUUGAUUGGCUGAUACCUCGGAUGCCUUUUGUUGAAUAAAGUCAGCUCAACUAUUUAUAUUUCAGUAGUUCAGUUGUAUUUCUUCUUCUUCAAGCUUAAUUCUAGACUAUCCAAUAAAGAGAAAUAUUAAUUUUGC